UAAUGUAUAUUGAUCCAGCUGACACUAAAGCAUGGGCAGACGAAUUGAAAGAGUAAGAUUUCAUCUUAAUUAUAGAUAUCAAGGGAAUAGAAAACAAAAAGUAGAUUUUUAGAAACCAAAGAUCUAUACAUAAAAAGAAAUGAAAUUGAAACAGACAGAAUUCAAUCCUGUUUUAUAGAAUUAUUAAAAUCCAGAAAGAGAUUUAAAAGAGAAAGAAAAAGAUUUUUAGAAGACAUCUACAUUGGCAUAAAAGAAAAUGGUAUUAUGAUUUUAGAUUUUAUAAGGAAAUGGUUAAGAAAUAUAUGCAUGAAUAUGAUUUAGUUAAUUUAGAGUAAAUUUAAGGAAUAGAGAGAUUAGAUGAAAGAGAGAAAGUCAAAUAAUGUUUAGUAUACAAUUUUUAUUAUAUGUUAGUUACCACCCAAUUUUAAUGAUUAUAAUAUAAUUACAAAUGAAAAAAAGAGUGAAGAAUACUAUAAAAAUAUGAAAGUUGUAGUUUAGAAAAAAGUACAUGAGAAACCAGUCAUUAAUAGAAAUAAGAGAGAUUUCAAUAUUAUUACAAACAAGUUCCAAAAUUUAUUUAUAAUUAUUUAGGUUUUUGGAUAAUCAUGAAUUAAAAGCUUAAGAAUAAGAGACUGCUAUUAUGUCUGAUAUUAAUGAUAAAUGUAAAAGAGUUAGAAACUAUGAUAUUGUUGCAGGAACAUAUUAUAGUGAUGAAAAAGAAUAAGAAUUUUAAUAGUAAUUAUUAAUAUAUAAAAUAGAAAAUUAAAAUAAGACUAAUUAAAUCAUGGUAAACAUUUUAAUGAUAGAUUUCCACCCUCUUGGAAAUUUAGAGAAUCAGUUUAUUUAGAUUAAACAAAAGAAAUUCCAGAAGAAAUUAAAAUGAUUGAUGAAAUCAAUAGAAAUCAUAAAAAGCGUUAUGAAAUAAGACAUGUUUUAGAAAAUGAAUAUAGAGAAAGAGAUCUAUAAGAUCAAAUGAGAACUUAAGAUAGAUUAAUAAAAAGACAUAAAUAUGAUGAUUUAAUUAAAAAAUAUGAUAAAGGUAAUUUUAUAUAAUUUACAAAUAGAAUUCGAUAUUAUUACUUUAGAAAAACCUGAAAUUGAUCAUAUUGUUAAGGCAUUACCACCUAAACCUCCUCUAAAUUCUUGGGAUAAGGUUCAAAUGACAAAGUCAGGUUCAGAUGCUCCUAUUCAUGAAGUAAGUAUUCCUGAAGGAAUUGAUUUUAAAGAUAAUGUUUAAAAUCGAAAUGAUUCUUAAGGGAAAGUGAGAUUUCCAUAAGUAUAUAGAUAAGGAAGUGAGAAAUCAUAAAAAUCAGCCUCUAAAUCUAAUAAAUCUGGACCUAAAUCAAUAGCUUAAUCACAAAAAUCGAAUCUUUAAGGAACUGAAAUAAAGUCUGGUGGAUUUUUUUGAU